AAACCGCAACUCAAUCUCCAUUCUCCAACUCCAAGCACCGUGGAGCUCCAUUUUUUCUUUCCUGUACAAACAAGAACAAGCACCUGUUGCUUCCGUCACCGGUUUUAAAAGCUAACCUUAACUUGGAGGUUGAUUUUGUCCCCUCCGUGAGCCUUUUCUUCUUCUUCCCCACCUUUUUAAUUAAUAAUAAUUAAAAUAAAAACAAAAAAAGCAAGCAAGGAACAAAGACAACAACAAUUAUGUUCCAGCGAAGAAAAAAGGAACACGGUCAUAGUACCUUGCCACUUUCCACCACCUCAGACUUAGACAACACAGCAACAGCAAUGCCUCCUCUUCCCACCAUCAGAACCAAAACACCUUCCUUCAAAUCCUUCCUCUUAACCCUAUCUAUCCUCCUCAACCUCUUCCUCCUGUGGGCCCCACCCAACUCCUCAUCACCAUCACUGCCCUCAUCCACGUCCGCCCUCAUCUCCCGCCUCUCCCCCACCACGCGCCGCCACCUCCUCUUCUCCGUCGCCUCCUCCUCCACCUCCUGGCCCCGCCGCCUCCCCUACAUCAACCUCUGGUACUCCCCCGCCACCACCCGCGCCCUCGCAUUCCUCGACAAAACACCACCCAACGCCACCUCAGCCGACGAUUCCUCGCCGCCGUUGGUGAUCUCCGGCGACACCUCCUCUUUCCCCUACACGUUCCGCGGCGGGCUGCGGUCCGCCAUCCGCGUGGCGCGUGCCGUGAAGGAGGCCGUGGAUCGCAACGAGACGGACGUGCGGUGGUUCGUGUUCGGCGACGACGACACUGUGUUCUUCGUCGACAACGUGGUGAGGGCGCUCGCGAGGUACGAUCAUAGCAAGUGGUUCUACGUCGGGAGCAACUCCGAGAGCUACGAGCAGAACGUGAAGUACUCGUUCGAGAUGGCGUUUGGAGGUGGUGGCUUCGCGAUCAGCUACUCGCUUGCUAGGGUUUUGGCGAGGGUUUUGGACUCGUGUUUGAGGAGGUAUGGCCAUUUGUAUGGAAGCGAUUCGAGGAUUUAUUCUUGCAUUGCUGAGCUUGGUGUUGCGUUAACUCACGAACCUGGAUUUCAUCAGUUAGAUAUGCGGGGGAACUUGUUCGGGAUGCUGGCUGCUCAUCCAUUAUCUCCGUUAUUGUCACUUCAUCACUUGGAAUCAGUGGAGCCCCUUUUCCCGGACAUGAACAGAGUACAAGCUUUGGAACAUCUUAUUGCAGCUGCAAAUGUAGAUCCUGCCAGGAUCCUGCAGCAAACUGUCUGCUAUGAUCGAUCAAAUUCUUUGACCUUCUCGGUUUCUUGGGGUUUUGCUAUCCAGGUUUAUCAAGGAAAUGAACUUCUACCUGACCUCCUUUCACUGCAGAGAACUUUUGUGCCAUGGAAGAGGGGUAGUAAAGUUAAUGCCAAUUUUAUGUUUAACACCAGAGACUAUCCUAGAGAUCCUUGUAAAAGGCCUUCUAUAUUUUUCUUUAAAAGUGUUGCAUCUGAUAAAAGGGGCAUUUGGAGCAAUUACAGUGGACAUGUUGUUGGGAACUGCUUUGAAUCUACACUGCUCAAGCAGAUCAUAGUUUUUUCAAAGAAGCUGGAGCUUAAUAAUGAACAGAUGAUUGCUCCCCGCCGUCAGUGCUGCAAUGUAUUGCUGACCUCUAAUGAUACAGUCAGUCUUCAUAUUAGACAGUGUGAACUUGAUGAACUGAUCUCCAUGCAACCCUAGCAUUCAUUUAGGGAGUGGCCUCCUUUAAAAGCUUCUUCGAAAUUUUCAAGAGCAUGAAUGUCCGUGUGGUAGCUGAUGUGAGGUGGAUGCUUCUUCUUUAAGUAGAGAAAGAUCCUUGUCCUUUUUGUUGAAGAAAAAUAAUCAGAAGAUAACUCUUAAGAUCUUGCUGGUAAUCAAACCCCUCUCAGGUAGGUUUUUCGUUUGCUGGAAAAGUGCUCCACCCCUCACAAUCUGCCCCAGUUGCCUGGCUUGUUUUAUUUGCUGCGUAGCUGAUUUUUUCAAAUGGUUUAUUUCCCAGCAGUUGCACCUAACAACAUUACAUGUUAUCCACUUCUGAUGCUCAAAAUUUCAGGCAAUCUCUCGUGGUAUUUGGAGUGAGGUAACCUCAGUCAAGGUUUCCAAUUAUAAAUUUGAAAUGUGAUCCCAACGAGAUCAUGUCUCAAUUCAUGUCAUUUGCCAACUAGUUCUUUUGUUUGAAAAUUCUGUAAAUUCUACAUAAUUGUUUGCUGGCUGCAUGUUGGUAAUAUACUUAUAAACAUUAAACAGUCCGUUGGAAAUAUUUUUAGAAAUAUUUUAACUCGAAUGAUUAAUAUUUUUUUAUGCAUAUAAGAGAUGAAUUUCAUUUA